UCUAUCUUUCAAUUAACUACAUGAAAUUGCUUUACUUGAUUGUGAUAGGACUUGCAUGUCCCCUCGCAACUUUCUAUAUACACUCCGAUCCAUCAUCCUCACAUCUAAAUAAAUAAAUAAAAAACCGCAGUACGUUGCAAUGGCAGAUUUUAAUGAGAGAGAGAACAGAAAGAAGGAGGUGGUAGCAAUAAUUGGAGCUGGAAUCAGUGGCCUCUUGGCUUGCAAAUACUGCCUUUCCAAAGGAUUUGAUCCAAUUGUGUUCGAGUCAGAGAGUAGCAUCGGAGGUGUUUGGACUAAGACCAUUGGGAGCACUAAGCUGCAGACACCAAAACCGUUUUACCAGUUCUCUGAUUUCCCCUGGCCCAAUUCUGUAACCGAAAUGUUCCCUGACCAUCAAACGGUGCUGGAGUACAUUGAAUCAUAUGCACGUCACUUUGAUUUGGUCCGCUGCAUUCAGUUCAAUAGCAAAGUGUUGAGCCUCAGCUAUGAAGAUGGCAAACUUAGUGGAGAUGUCGUUUGGGGCGAGGCAUUUAACACUAACAGUAAAGGGAAGUGGAACAUCAAUGUGCAGGACACUCCAACCUUAUCUACACAGGUAUACCAAGUUGAUUUCGUAAUAGUUUGUGUGGGAAGGUUCAGCCAGGUUCCAAACAUACCUGAAUUUCCUCCGAAGAAAGGGGCGGAAGCUUUUGAAGGCCAAGUUAUCCAUUCAAUGGAAUAUUCCAAUAUGGACCCCGAAACAGCAGCCAAUUUUGUUAAAGGAAAACAUGUAGCCAUAGUUGGAUUUCAGAAAUCAGGAAUGGACAUCGCCAUGGAGUGCUCUACCAUUAAUGCAGGGACUGAACGUCCAUGCACGGUAGUAAUCAGGACACCGCAUUGGAACCUUCCCGAUUUUUUCCCAUGGGGACUCAAUUUGGGAUAUCUCUACCUAACUCGAUCCUCUGAACUAACGGUGCAUAAACCUGGUGAAGGCCUUGUUCUAAGUCUCCUCGCCACAACACUUUCACCAUUGAGGUGGGCCUUGUCAAAAUUUGUAGAAAUUUAUGUAAGACGCAAACACAGGCUUGCAAAACAUGGAAUGGUGCCGGAUCAUAGCUUCUUAAACGAAUUCAGUUCAUGUUCACUUUCUAUAGUGCCAGAGGGCUUCUACGACAGAGUUGAGGAAGGAAGUAUCAAGCUGGUCAAGCGAGCAGAGUGUGUUGGAUUCUCUAAAGAAGGUAUGAUGCUCAAGGGUCAGGUCGAACCAAUUAAAUCGGACUUAGUCAUACUAGCUACUGGGUUUAAGGGAAUUGAUAAGCUCAAACACAUCUUUGAAUCAAAAAAGUAUCAGGAAUUCAUUGCAGGGUUAGAUGAUUCUGCUGCAGUUCCCCUAUACAGGGAAUGCAUCCAUCCCAGAAUUCCACAAUUGGCAAUAAUUGGAUUCUCAGAAAGCAUAACCAAUCUAUACACAUCGGAAAUAAGGUGUCGAUGGCUGGCAGAGCUUCUUGAUGGAAAAUUCAAGGUACCUAGCAUCAAAGUUAUGGAAAAAGACAUAGCGGAGUGGGAUAAGUACAAGAAGAGAUAUUCAUAUAACAAGUACUAUAGGAAUUCGUGCAUCGCUGCAUUGCACGUUUGGCACAAUGACCAACUUUGCAAGGACAUGGGAUGGAACCCAAAGAGAAAAAAGGGGUUUUGGGCUGAGUGGUUCCAACCUUAUGGACCAAUGGAUUACAGGGGCUAAUAUAAUAA